AACCUUUGAAUGCAAACAAAAGUCCCGGGACCUGUCUUUUGUUUACCCCAAUCAAAAUACACUUUUUUUAAAACACAAAACAAGUCAUCGUCUGCACGGCCGACAUGAUAUGAAGUCAACGGACUGCCCCAUUUGCUGUGAUCAGAGCAAACAAUGAGGGAUAGCCCAAGGAGACCCAUCAUCCUGAAGAGGAGGAAACUGCCAUUUCAGAAGAGUGAAUCCAAUGCAGGCUGUGAUGAGACAGACGGGCCACCCUGUAAGGUCACCCCGAUGCCCUCCACUGCCCGCUGCUUCCCUGAUGGUAUUCGCAUCAUGGACCACCCCACCAUGCCGGACACGCAGGUGGUGGUGAUACCAAAGGCGGCCGAUCUGCAAAGUGUCAUAAGUGCCCUGACGGCCAAAGGGAAAGAGUGUGGCCCACAAGGGCGUAACAAGUUUAUCCUGCUUAGUGGCAGUACCGGUUUAGAAGAGGAUAAAACUUAUUCUGGGAAUUGUGGCACGACACUAACUGGACCUCUGGGAGAUGUGACCGUGGAUGACACUGUGGACGCAAAUACCACCUUAAAAACUCUGAAAAAAGAGACUGAGUGCUUUCCACUCGAUGAUAGUCUGACCAACAUCCAGUGGCUGGGAAAAAUGAGCACAGACGGGCUUGCAUCGGAACCGGAUGAUAAAGGCUCCAGCAAAGAAAAUCGAAGCGACUGUCAUGAACUUCAACAGCCCUCAAGAGAUAAAGAAGCAGUGAAAGACCCUAUAUCCGAGAGACCCCCAUAUUCCUACAUGGCCAUGAUUCAGUUUGCUAUUAACAGUAAGCGGAACAGACAGAUGACCUUGAAAGAAAUUUACAACUGGAUCGAAGACCAUUUCCCUUACUUCAGAAAUGUUGCAAAACCUGGCUGGAAGAAUUCCAUACGUCACAAUCUCUCGUUGCAUGACAUGUUCAUACGUGAGACGACUCCUGAUGGAAAGAUCUCUUAUUGGACUAUUCCACCGGAAGCAAACCGCUGUCUCACCCUGGAUCAAGUUUACAAGCCUUUGGUUGACCCAGUGGCCCCCAGUUGCCCUAAGACCACACAAGUUGUUUACCAACAACAACAGAAGAGGCUUUCAGCAGAGCCGAAAAAAGUGAUGGGGUCUGGUGGCACGGAGAGAAAGAUGAAGCCGUUGUUGCCUCGGACCGACUCGUAUCUGGUUCCCAUCCAGCUUCCGUCGCUCCUCCUGCCCUCCACCAGCGCCAUGUCUCUCUCCACCCCGCCACAUCCUCAAAGCUCCUCCACUCCAAGAUCCAGUGGAGGGGGCAGGAGGGUUCGGAUUGCCCCUAAGAUCUCUCAAACCAACGUGAGUUCCGUGAUGUUGUGUGCCCCCGCCACUCAAAAGUUGAAGGAGGAGCCUGUGUGUGUGCCUGUGACUCUGUCUGGAGCUCCGCCCCCAGAAACCAGACAGCGAGAAAACAGCAGCUCUCGUCGCAAACAGCGCCUGGUCUUGCCAGCCACCGAGGAACCUGUCCUGCUCUACCCCGACAGCACUCUCUUCGACUCGGGCGUGGUCUCGGACGCCUCCGCCUUCCAGGACACCCGGGAGGCGGAGUCCGACCCAGAGACUCAGCACGAAGGUAAACCCGAAUCCAACAGUCCUUGCAGGGAGUACACCUUUAAAACUCCUAUCAAGAGCAGCCAUCCUUCCUCAUCCACACCCAGCAAGCCACCCGCCGCUCUGGAGCCCUGGAGGAUCACCCCUGUCGGUAAAGGAGGCGUGCUGGACUUCAGCCCCAUCCGUACACCCAGCGGGCCGCAGCUUACCCCACAACGGCACGAACGCUUGCCGUUCAGUUUCAACAGCACACCUUUUAAGGAGUUAGCCCUUUUCAACUCACCUCGAGAGUUGCUCACCUGCGCCCGUCCCUCACCGAGGCGCUCCACCCCUGCUUGCUCGAGGGAGCUGCAAGUGGGGGCUGCCAACCGCUCGCUUACCGAGGGUCUCGUCCUGGACACGCUGAACGACAGUCUGAGUAAAAUCCUGGUGGAUAUUAGCUUCUCCGGCCUGGAGGAUGAUGAUUUUGGCAUGGCCAAUAUCAGCUGGUCCCAGUUUAUCCCAGAGCUUAAGUAACUGUAGCGUUUUUU